AUGAGUUGGGUACGGGCAGUCGGCGUUGACGGAAGGAUGGCGGGAGAGGGGCGGUGCAGCUGCCGGUGCAUCCAGCCCCCGCCGGCUCUGGAGCCGGCCCGUCCCCUGCCCCCGCCUGCCGCACCGGCCCAUUGCCAAGUUCAAUGCCAAGGUCAUGCGCGCGCGAGUGCGGCUGCGCGCCGCAAUGCAGGAGCGGCCGGCGGCAGGCGACCGGCAAGCCGUCAGUGCUUCACCGACAAUCGCGCUACACACCGCAUCGCAAUUUCCACACUCGACGCGCCCCAACGGAUCACCUGA